AUGCUCAGCUGCCCCUUCCAUUUCUUGCUUCCCUCUCGGCCCAAAUCUUUCAAAGAACUAAACCCUAAUUCUGCCCUCCGCCCUCUGCCUCCGGCGGCCCUUACUCGUGCCAUCUCUAGCAACGACGCCGGUCUCAGUUUCCGCGAGAAGCUUCUCUUUAUCGAACACAACCUCGGCGUCAACUCACUCCGCGCCCUUGCAGUCAAUCCCAACCUUCGCUCCACUCCCCUUUCCUCCCUCCGCAUGCUCUCCUCCUUGCUCUCCUCCUUCGGCCUCCUUCAAUCUGACACUUCCCGCCUCCUCUGCCUCCACCCAUCCCUUCUCACCGCCGACCCCUCCACCUCGAUCCUCCCCGUCUUCCACUUCCUUCUCAACCCCGUAUCCAUCCCCUUCUCAGACCUUCGCCUCUCCAUCAAUCGCUGCCCUCGCCUUCUCCUCUCCAGUGUCCCUGACCGCCUGUUUCCUUCCCUUGAUUACCUCCGCCGUCUUGGUUUUGUCGGCCGCCACCGCAUCACCGCUCGUACUACAGUCCUUCUCAUCUCAGACGUCGAGGAGACGCUUAUUCCCAAGCUUGAUUUUAUCCAGAGCCUUGGGUUCUCGCGAAGGGAGACGGUAAACAUGGUUUUGAGGUUGCCGAGUCUGCUCACUUUUAGUGUUGAGAAGAAUUUUCGGCCUAAGCUCGAGUUUCUAGUUGGCGAAAUGGGAAGGGAGAUUGGAGAGUUGAAGGUGUUUCCGCAGUACUUUGCGUAUAGUCUUGAGGGAAGGAUUAAAGCUCGGCAUAUGUUGUUGGUGGAGAGAGGGUUUGGUUCUUCAUGGAUUUCACUUGGGGAUAUGCUCAAGGCUAGUGAUGGAGAGUUUCGAGAACGGCUGCUAGAGAUGCGGCUUAGAACUGUAGGGGCAAUUAACCAUAUGGGCUUGCGCCAUGAGAAACCUCGAACCCCGGAUUUUAAAUUCCUCGCAAAAUGAGGGUGAAAUCUUUGGUUAGUAUCUUAUCUACUGUAUCAUCUGCCUUCUAAAAAUUUGACUUGAAACCUCACUGCAAACUCUCUCAUCUCAUUCUCAUUUUUCUUAUUCUUUCUGAGAGAGUCUGUGGAGGUCGGCUUUUUGGAGCCCACAGUUGUGACGAGUUAGUUUUGACAUUCUGAUAAACUAUAGCGUGUGGAUCAAAUUUCAAUUAUAAAAACUUCCU